AUGGCGGUGUGGGCACAGUUGUUGGUGUUUGUGGUGGUAUGGGCGGCGGGGACAGCGUUUGAUGAGGGCGAUGCAGGACUAUGUGGUCUCAAUGGAUGUCAGGCGAUUGACUUGGCACGACGCUACACCGACCUGACGAUGGCCAAGAUGAUGCACACUAUCAAGCCAGAGGCCAUGGAUGAGGUCUUUGAGAGCAUGUCCAAGCUAGAGGCGUUAGUCAGACAAGUGGAGGACCUGAAGAGGGACACCAGCAGCCUUCUACAACCAGUAUGGCCGAUCAACACUGGGCCUGAGCGUUGGUCCAUGUGUGCUGAGGGUCCCUGCUCCUGCACCAUGGAGACCAGGUUCGUGUCCUGCUGGCGUCUGGAGCUCCUCGAUCACGUGCCGCGCAAACAACAGAUCCCCAUCGACACCAGGAGUCUAGACUUGGGGAUGAAUCGCCUCAAAUUUCUGCACAAGAAUUCUUUCAACAAACUGACUGAACUGGUGGAGCUAGAUCUGAACGAGAACCAGCUAGAGUUGCUGCCAAACAGUCUUUUCUAUGACCUGGAGAACCUGAGGCACAUUAAGCUGCACAAGAAUCGUUUAUUGUACCUCAGUCCAGAAAUUUUCCAAGACGCCCGCUCACUCCGCACCAUCGACUUUUCCUUCAACAUGCUGGAAGGCCUCCCUGCGCAGGCUUUCCGGAAGCUGCACCACCUUUACAACCUGAACUUAGAGAGCAACGCCAUCACUGCCCUGGACGAGAUCAUAUUUCACGAUCUCACUAACCUCGAAGACCUCAACCUGUCCAACAACAAGAUCAAGGAGCUCCCACAACUAGCGUUCUACGGGCUGAGUAAACUGAAAACCCUCAAGAUGUCCCACAAUGCUUUAGUACGGCUGCCUUACGGAGUGUUCAAUGGCCUCAUCAACCUUCAGGAGAUGUACCUCGAUAACAACUUAAUCGAGUCCGUCCCGACAGACACCUUUCGGGACCUCAUUCACCUGACGUUCCUGGACAUGACAGCCAAUCGCAUCCUUAGAAUCUCCUACAGGGACUUCAUCAACAUGGCCAACCUUCGCUCGCUCUUCCUCGGCCGCAACCUCAUCACAGAAAUUAACAACAAGACCUUCGUGGGCACACCGCGGCUGCAGAAACUCUAUCUUUUCUCCAACAAGAUCGAGAAGAUUGAGUUGGCAGCCUUCUCGGGUCUCAACAAUCUCUCUUGGCUCUUGCUGAAUAACAACUUACUCAACCUGCUGCCCAACGCUAUCUUCCGCCGCACCCCGAGUCUCAUGCGCCUGCAGAUCGACAGCAACAAGUUUAUGCAUCUUCCCGAGGGUUUGCUGGACGAUCUGAAGCGGGUGGAGCAGGUGAAGCUCUCCAUGAACCCGUGGCACUGCGACUGCUUCAUCCUCUAUCUAACCAGAUGGCUCCACAGCAACCCGGACAAAAUAUGGGACCGCCAACCCAAGUGCCGCGGCCCUGGCGAUCUCGGAGGCAAACCUGUGAUCGACAUGACAUUCAACAGCGUGUGUGAUGGGCAGUGGGCGUCCAUGACCAAGAUCCAAGGCAGGGUGUAAGGAGGAGGAGGAGGAGGAGG